AGGUGUCUCCAGAACUAUAUCCCGCCCCAGAGCCUCACCCUGUCCUGCCCCGUGUGCCGCCAGACCUCCAUCCUGCCCGAGCAGGGCGUGGCCGCGCUGCAGAGCAACUUCUUCAUCACCAACCUCAUGGAGGUGCUGCAGCGCUCCCCCGAGGGCAGCAGCCGCCCGGACGCCGCCGCGCUGGACCCCGUCAGCGCCGUCACCGGCCAGCCGCUCUCCUGCCCCAACCACGAGGGCAAGGUGAUGGAGUUCUACUGCGAGUCGUGCGAGACGGCCAUGUGCCGCGAGUGCACAGAGGGUGAGCACCGGGAGCAUGUCACCGUGCCGCUGCGCAACGUGGUGGAGCAGCACAAGGCCGCGCUGCAGCAGCAGCUCGACGCCAUCAAGAGCCGGCUGCCCCAGCUGACGGCUGCCAUCGGGCUGGUGACCGAGAUCAGCAAGCAGCUCCUGGAGCGGAAGAACGCCGCCGUGGGCGAGAUCAGCGGCUCCUUCGCGGAGCUGGAGCAGGCCCUGCAGCAGCGCAAGGGGCUGCUCGUGCGUGACCUGGAGACCACCUGCAGCGCCAAGCAGAAGGUGCUGCACGCCCAGCUGGACGCCCUGCGGCAGGGCCAGGAGAACAUCCUGAGCAGCUGCACCUUCACGGAGCAGGCGCUGCACCACGGCACGGAGACGGAGGUGCUGCUGGUGAAGAAGCAGAUGAGCGAGCGGCUCAGCGCGCUGGCCAGCCAGGAGUUCCCCGAGCAGCCGCAGGAGAACGACCAGCUGGACUACGUGGUGGAGACGGACGGCGUCCGCAAGUCCAUCCUCAACCUGGGCGUGCUCAUCACCACCAGCGCCAUCGCCCACAAGACGGUGGCCACGGGCGAGGGGCUGCGGCACGCGGUGGUGGGGCAGCCCUCCUCCCUCACCAUCACCACCAAGGACAAGGACGGUGAGCUGGUGCGCAGCGGCAGCGCCAGCCUGCAGGCCCAGGUGACGGCGCCUGACGGCGGCCGGGCUGAGGCCGAGGUGCUAGACAACAAGAACGGCACCUACGAACUGGUGUACACGCCGCGGCAGGAGGGUGACUUCCUGCUCUCCAUCCUGCUGUACGGGCAGCCCAUCCGGGGCAGCCCCUUCCGCACCAAGGCCCUCAAGGCCUGCGACGUGCCCCCCUCGCCCGACGACGUCAAGCGCCGCGUCAAGUCCCCCAGCAGCGGGCACAUCCGGCAGAAGGCUGUGCGGCGCCCCUCCAGCAUGUACGGCAGCGGCAAGAAGAAGGAGAACCCCAUCGAGGACGAGCUCAUCUUCCGCGUGGGAAGCCGAGGCCGGGAGAAGGGGGAAUUCACCAACCUGCAGGGCAUCUCCACCUCCAGCUCUGGUCGCAUCGUGGUGGCCGACAGCAAUAACCAGUGUGUGCAGGUCUUCUCCAACGAGGGCCAGUUCCGGCUGCGCUUCGGCGUGCGGGGCCGCUCCCCUGGGCAGCUGCAGCGCCCCACCGGCGUCACGGUCGACAUGAACGGGGACAUCAUCAUCGCCGACUACGACAACCGCUGGGUCAGCAUCUUCUCCCCCGAGGGCAAGUUCAAGACGAAGAUCGGGGCUGGGCGGCUGAUGGGCCCCAAGGGCGUGGCCGUGGACCGCAAUGGCCACAUCAUCGUGGUGGACAACAAGGCCUGCUGCGUCUUCAUCUUCCAGUCCAACGGGAAGCUGGUGACCAAGUUUGGCGGCCGCGGGACGGCGGAGCGGCAGUUUGCAGGGCCCCACUUCGUCGCUGUUAACAACAAGAACGAGAUCGUGGUGACCGACUUCCACAACCACUCGGUGAAGGUGUACAGCGCCGACGGCGAGUUCCUCUUCAAGUUCGGCUCCCACGGGGAGGGGAACGGGCAGUUCAACGCCCCCACCGGUGUGGCCGUGGACUCCAACGGCAACAUUAUCGUGGCCGACUGGGGCAACAGCCGGAUCCAGGCUGAGCGGGAGGUGCCGUCAGACUGUGAAGAGUGUGAGGCAGAUCGUGAGGGCCAGGGCAGUGCGGAGCGUGCGUGCAUUGACUCCGCUGGGAACGGUGCCGAGCGGUGCCGGCCCACAGGAGAGCGGUCUCUGCGCGGUGCCGGGGAGCGGUACCGGGAUCGAGAACGGUGCCGAUGGUCAUGCCGGUACCGAGAUCCAGACCUGGAUCGCGAUGAAGACUGUCUGUGGGAGCGGUGCCGGGAGCGGCCUCUCGAGCAGGAUCGGCGCUCAGACCGGUGCCGGGAUCUGCGUCAGGAGUCCGAACGGUACCGAGUUGCUCCGGUCCCGGAUGCGAAUCAGAGGUUGGCAAGGGGGGUGCCGGUGCCUGCUGUUGUGAGGCAGUCCCCUCCAGUUUACAAGGUCUCGUCUGACCCGGAGACAGGGACCGGCGCCGAGGAGCUUGCAGCGGACGCGGUGCCGGCGGAGGUUGGUGCCGUGGGACUUUAUCCACGUCUCCUCGGGGUGCAGUACUGGAGGUUGCCGCCGGAGCACUGCGCACUGAGGCGCUCGGUGCCGGAACUUGGCGUGACGAAGGAGGCUCCAGGCUGA